AUGGGUCGAUUGAUUAAGAACCACUGGGGCCGUCUCAUUAUCCUGACAGCCGCAGCUUAUCAAGUCGCCGCUGCAGUCGAAGGGUUUUUCUGGCCCAAAGUCUUCUGGGACUUUUUGACCAAGAAUCUCGAUGGAGCAGUCAAGCCUGUACCGAUCUUGCAAACCAUCAACCUCUUGUCUGGCCUGGGUAUGCUAGCGCUUGAGUGGCCGCUCAGCUUUGUCGCAGGCUCGAGCCUUCACCGAUCCCUCGAGUUUCGACUAGCCAUCUUACCUCUGACAGCCUUGAGCUCCAUUCUCAUGUAUCAGUCAACAAAUCCGGCUAUUUACUACCUUAUUGGAAUGUUUGUAUAUUUUUGGGCAUAUAGCGAGGGUGAGAUGAUUUGCGCCAAGCCGUGGACUCUCCCGCAAAGAGGCACGACAAGACCGCGAAGAUGA